AUGCUCAAGACGGUCACCUUGUGCGCCUUGCUCGCCAUUGGAAUCUUCGCAUCGGCGAAAUUCGAAGAGGAGGAGAAUGUCAUCGUUCUCACAAAGGAAAACUUCGAUGAUGUCGUGAAGAACACGGAAUUCGUUCUCGUUGAAUUCUACGCUCCAUGGUGCGGGCACUGCAAGGCUCUUGCUCCCGAAUAUGCCAAGGCCGCUACUCAAUUGAAGGAGGAGGGAUCCGCCAUCAGACUCGGAAAAUUGGACGCCACCGUGCACGGAGAUGUCGCCUCGAAGUUCGAAGUCCGCGGCUACCCAACACUCAAGCUCUUCCGCAACGGCAAAGCAAUCGAAUACGGAGCUAGACGCGACUCGGCUUCAAUCAUCGGAUGGCUCAAAAAGAAGAGCGGACCAGCUGUCAAGACCCUUGCAUCGGCUGACGAGCUGAAGGACUUCUCCGACUCCGCUGACGUCGUUGUGGUUGGGUACUUCAAGACUGCUGAUAAUGAAAAUGCCAUGGCUUUCCUCGAGGUUGCUGACGGGAUGGAUGUUGUGCCAUUCGGAAUGUCGACUGAUGACGCUUUCGAGAAGGAGCUCGGGCUUAAGGGUGAGGGAGUCGUUCUAUUCAAGAAAUUCGAUGAGGGAAAGGCUAUCUUCGAUGAGGAGUUGAAGACUGACACACUCAGGAGCUGGAUCGAAGCCAACCACGGAGCGUUGAAGGCUCACUUGAUGUCUGAGGAGAUCCCCAAGGAUUGGGACAAAUCGCCCGUCAAGGUGCUCGUCGGAAAGAACUUUGAUGAAAUCGCCCGAGACAACACUAAGAAUGUGCUCGUCGAAUUCUACGCCCCAUGGUGCGGACACUGCAAGCAAUUGGCACCAACUUGGGACAAACUUGGAGAGAGAUACGCUGGUCACGAGAACAUUGUCAUCGCCAAGAUGGACGCUACCGUCAACGAGGUUGAGAACGUGAAGGUUCAAUCCUUCCCCACGAUCAAGUUCUUCCCAGCCGGCUCAAACGAAGUUGUUGACUACACUGGUGACCGAACUCUAGAAGGAUUCUCGAAAUUCCUCGAAUCGAGUAGCAAGGCCGAAGCUGAGGACGCCAAGGAGGAAGCAGAAGAUGAUGAGUCCGAGGGAAAACACAUCGAGCUC